GUAUAUAUAGAUAUGAUUUGUAGGGCAUAUGCAGGGAGAUGAUAAAGGCAAGAACCAAGUUGAGCAAUAAAUAAGCGACUCAAUCUCAAUUCCAUAUAAAUCUCACUUGUCUCCUCUUGCUUUUGCUUAUUAAUUAUAACACAAACAAAAAUGAUGAGAACAAGAACUGUGGCCAAUGAAGAGGAGACUAGUGAACUAAGAAGAGGACCAUGGACUCUUGAAGAAGACACCGUGCUCGCCCAUUACAUUGCUCGCCAUGGGGAAGGUCGAUGGAAUAUGCUAGCCAAAUGUGCAGGGCUCAAGAGAACUGGAAAAAGUUGCAGAUUAAGAUGGCUAAAUUAUUUGAAACCUGACAUCAAGAGAGGAAAUCUCACUCCACAAGAGCAGCUCUUGAUUCUUGAACUUCAUUCCAAGUGGGGUAACAGGUGGUCAAAAAUUGCACAGCAUCUGCCUGGAAGAACAGACAAUGAGAUCAAGAACUACUGGAGAACACGGGUGCAAAAACAAGCACGCCACCUUGAUUCCAUUCGUUCUCUCUGGAUGCAAAACACUUCUUCUCAUUCUUCUUCUUCUUCUUCUUCAUCAUCUCUUCUUCAUCUUCUUCUUCUUCAUCAUCUUCUUCUUCUUCUUCUUCUUCUUCUUCUUGUUUGACGGCAACCCACCAUCACUCGCUCAACACCUCCACACUUGCAGACAGUUUAAAUCAUCUUCAGAAUUUUUCAACCUUGCCCGCUUCAGAUUUCAUGUCAAUGUAUGGUAUAUUUCCACAGCAACGCUCAACAACUCCGCACCUGUACUCCAACACCCAACAAACCCACAUUCCAAACCAUGCUAAUUACUCUCUGGACAAUGACAUGGCCGCCUACGUUGCCUCCAUUUCAUCAGCGGUACUUCCCAACUAUUAUGAGAGUUUUCCUCCUCCAGACUGCCAGAUUUUAGACGCUGAUUGGCCAAGCUCUAACGACGUGGCCGAUGUUUUACGGGACAUGGAUGACAUAUGGUACUUCAUGGAGUAAGAAGAUCAGGACCCCUUCUCUGUUAUCUUUUGUACUAAUUAACCCGCUUAUAAAAAAAAAAAAUCAACAAUAUCACAGUUUUGAAACCUUAAUUA